AUGUCAAUCAGUGUUAUGGACAACUUAGAAGUACAUGUAUUUUCAGACGCUUCAGAGAAGGCAGUUGCGGCUUCGGCAUAUUUAAGAGCUAUCGACACAUAUGGGACCAGUACCGUCGGAUUUAUUAUGGGAAAAUCGAAACUAGCACCUCUUAGCGGAAACACGAUACCAAGAUUAGAGUUAUGUGGGGCUGUCUUGGCAACCGAAAUUGGAAAAACAAUAUCUGAAAAUUUAGAUGUUCCGUUGGACUCUAUCAAGUAUUAUUCUGAUAGCAAAAUUGUGUUAGGAUAUAUCACUAAUCAGACCCGACGUUUUCACACCUACGUGUCAAACAGAAUUGAACGCAUUCUGAGUGUAUCGUCGUCAAAUCAGUGGCAGUUUGUCCCAACACAUUUAAACCCAUCAGAUUGCGGUACACGUUACUCAAUAUCUGUUGAUAUGGAAAACAAUCCAUGGCUUCUUCGGCCGAAGUGGAUGAAGAACUCUGACGAAGAAGCUCAAUGUGAUGUCAAAAUAUUAUAUCCGUUAGUUAGUCCAGAUAAUGAUAAAGAGAUUAGAAAAGAGAUAAGUGCAUCGAAAACGUCAAUAGAUGCGCUUGCGCCAAUAGUGGGGCGUUUUGAAAAAUUCUCUAGUUGGAGACGGCUUGUGAAAGCUAUAUCAUUUUUGCAACAUGUGGCUCAGUCAUUCAGUUUAAAGGAUAAGUCGUGCCAAGGUUGGCAUUUUUGUCAAAAUGUCAUGUCAGUUGAUAGUUACCAAAAAGCGGAAUUAUUUAUCUUGAAGGAAUGUCAGAAGGAAGUAUAUUCGCAAGAGAUAGAAUGUUUGGCUAGAGGCACAAACAUUUCAAAACAAUCAUCUUUAAUCUCUCUUUCGCCAUUUUUGGAUUCACAAGGUUUGAUUCGUGUAGGAUGA